AACUCUCUCACAGCUUCAAAUCUUCUGGUAAGCCCAUGGACUUUCACUUAGUAACUAGUAUAACUAGUAGAAUAGAGACAUUACUCCCAGCACCAGCACGUGCCAUAGUAGUACCAGCGCAUAGCUUUGUGCAAGGCGUGCUAGCACCCUGUUCGCCGCGCACCCGUUGUAGCGGGCGCGUCGCUCGCUCCACUUCCACGGCGUCGAGCACGAUGCUCGUCGUGCACCCGUGAAGGUGGGCGGCAUGGCGCGCUCCCGUGGCGGCAGGCACGGCGCUCACGCCGCUCCGGUAGCAGCGAUCUCGGCACUCGUUUCACUUCUACAGCGGCGAGCGCGGCGCUCGUCGCGCACUCAUGGAGGCGAGCACAGCUCUCGCUGCAGUUCCGUGCACUCCCAUGGCAGCGGGCGCGAGGCUCGCCCCGCUCCCGGAGCGGCUCGCUCCGGUUCCACGGGGACAGCGAGCGUGGCACUCGUCAUGCACUCAUCGCACGGUUAGCUGUGUUUGCGGGGAAUAGGUACGGAAACAGCGGUAAGGUAGAUAGGGUAGGGUGCUCCAGCAAUCGCAACUCAAUCCGCAGUUGCCGAUUGGCGACAAACAGAAUCUGCGAGAAGGUUGAGUGCAGGUUCGCGUGGGCCACCUACUCCCAAGCGCCAGCGAAUACCGUGGCAAACUACGAAGUCGCGAUGGGUUGGAAAACCUUCGCCAAAGGUGCUUGUAACCACAGUUGCGACAGCAGAUGAUUGGUUGCGAGGGCACAUUGUAACGUGUACACUUUUUGUGUACGCAUUGUAAGUGAUUAACAUGCUAAUGUUUAAAAGAGCGUAUUAA